CUCCUCCCAGCACGUCACACGACCAUCAACACGUGUAUUGGCUGCGUGUGGCUGGAGCUAACACUGCGUUCACUUGAGAACUGCGUAUUUCGGAGACAGUUGAAUUCUCCUAUAAUUGUGUGCGGGGUCAGAUAUCGUUGGUAAAUGGGGGGUCUUCAAAAGAAAAAGUACGAGAGGGGCUCUGUCACCAACUACAUCACCAGGAAUAAAGCUCGCAAGAAGUUACGACUGAGCCUCCCCGACUUCAGGCGACUAUGCAUCCUCAAAGGCAUCUACCCUCACGAGCCCAAGCACAAGAAGAAGGUGAACAAGGGCUCCACUGCCCCCAGGACCUUCUACCUGAUCAAGGACAUCCGCUUUCUACUGCACGAGCCCAUUGUUGGCAAGUUCAGAGACUACAAGGUAUUUGUACGCAAACUUAAGAAGGCUUACGGAAAAACGGAAUGGUCUGCAGUGGAGAGACUGAGAGAGAACAAGCCCACAUAUAAACUGGACCACAUCAUCAAAGAGAGGUACCCCAGCUUCAUCGAUGCCCUCCGUGAUAUCGACGACGCCCUCUGCAUGUGCUUCCUCUUCUCCACCUUCGCCCGAACAGGAAAAUGCCACGUGCAGACAAUCCAGCUGUGUAGACGCCUCACCGUGGAGUGGAUGAACUAUGUGGUCGCAGCUCGUGCUCUCAGAAAGGUUUUCAUCUCCAUCAAGGGAAUAUAUUAUCAAGCUGAGGUGAUGGGACAGCUCAUUACAUGGCUGGUGCCAUAUCAGUUCUCCCAUGACCACCCAACAGAUGUCGACUACAGAGUAAUGGCAACUUUCACGGAGUUGUACACCACUCUCCUGGGGUUCAUCAACUUCAGACUUUACCAUUCCCUCAACCUGCUCUAUCCACCAAAGCUGGACAGUAAAGCCGAGUGUGAGCUGAAGGAGGAGAAUGAGGAGGACUAUGCCCUGAAUUCAGAAUGCUACUUGGAGAAACUAUCGGCUCUGAGCGCCAGUCUGGCCCGAAUGGUUUCUUCUGCAGAGGAGGAGGAGGCUCAACUCGACCAGUUUCCCGUUGAAGGGGAAGAUAUGGAAAAGCUGGAGGCAAGAGAAAGGGAACAGAAAGAGCAAGAAGCCCAGAAAAAGCUCUUUGAUGGUCUCAAGUUCUUCCUCAACAGGGAAGUGCCCAGAGAGUCACUGGCUUUUAUCAUCAGGUGUUUUGGUGGUGAGGUGUCCUGGGACAAGUCUGUUUGCAUCGGAAGCACAUAUGAGGUGACAGAAGAAACCAUCACACAUCACAUUGUUGACCGACCCAACGCCAGCACACAAUAUAUCAACAGGUACUACAUCCAACCCCAGUGGGUGUAUGAUUGUAUCAACGCAAAAAUCGUCCUGCCUGUGGAGGACUACUUCCUCGGAGUGACCCUUCCCCCUCACCUCUCUCCGUUUGUGGAGGAGAAGGAAGGCGACUACAUGCCCCCUGAAAAAGUGAAGAUCAUGGCCCUACAAAGGGGAGAAAAACCUGCCCAAGAACAGGAGGACGAAGAAGAAGAAGACGAAGAUGAGGAUGAAGAGGAGGAGGAGGAUGACAACGAUGAUGAGGAGGAAGAUGAGGAGGAAGACGAAGAAGAGUCAGAAGAGAAGAAUCUUAAGAAGAUGGAAAAACAAAGAUCCCAGGGCAAGUCUCUGCAAGUCAAAGUGACCCCUGGAAAAAUGAAGGUAGAAAAUCCAGAACGUUUGGAGCAGGAGGAGAAAGCAGAGGAGAAACGCCUCGCCAUCAUGAUGAUGAAGAAAAAGGAAAAGUACCUGUACGACAAGAUCAUGUUCGGGAAGAAAAGAAAAAUCCGAGAGGCUAACAAGCUUACCGCCAAGAGGAAGGCCCACGACGAUGCUGAAAAAGCAAACAAGAAAAAAACACGAAAGUAACUCUUCUGACUGCGUCUUCUUCAGACUGACUUUAUGUAUUCAAGUUCAUGAGGUAGCGUGCGUUACAGGUUGGUGUGUCAUGAAACCUGCGAGACAGCGCUGAGUGAAAUGCUCAGUGGUGAUAACCUCUGCAUAAUUUCAAGAUGGAAUGCACAAUGUGCCAUUAUUAGUGGAAUGCUAAUUGUGUAAUCAUAAAUUUCAGUAAAUGUUUUUGUUUGUAUGAACCCUGCUCUACUAUUCUCCAUUACACGAGGUAUUCCACUAAAGUCUGUACUUUAAAGUAAAAGUCUGUCAAUUGUGAUUUUGCAACAAUAAGAUUAAAGUUUUAUAACU